AUGUUGGAGCUCUUUGCAAGGUCGCUGCGAUGGGCUCGUGCUCUGGGACAGUCUUUCUUCUUCCAAUUCGGACUACACUGUGCAACCCACCAAAUCCGAAUUGUAUUGAUUUCCUGCAUCGUCAUUACGUCGCUCUUCUACCCGGCACUGUCACUGUACUCGUCUCCUGAACUCAAGCUGUCCACGAUAUUCGACGCAUUUGCACCGCUAUAUGGAAACUCGGCUCUCCAUGCCCAAGAAGACCUCGUCAAUCUCUGGUCCGGCUACGACUCCCUACGCACCCGCGAAGACGCUGUAGCUCGCGCAAAGUGUGCUAGAGCUUUGCGCGUAGAGCGAAUCUUUAUCCAGAGCCCUCUCGUUGGUGACGACGGCGCCCUGAACCAACGCAUUCUUACCUCGACACUCGCCUUCGAACGACGCCUCAACGACCUCAUCAAAGCUUCGGACGACUCUCCAUGCCUCAAAAACCCAGAUGGCGGGUGCUUCGUGCUCUCUCCUCUUUCUUUUUGGAAUUAUGACGAGGACGCUGUUCUCUCCGACGACAAUAUUAUAGACAGACUUCUCAGCCACUCCGGGAAUGUCACCAUCGCAGGUAUCUCCGUCUCCCCGAACAUGGUGCUCGCCGGUCGCGGCUCCUAUGAGCACCAUGUAGGAAGCUCCAAGUUCGACUAUGCCACGUUCCUCGCCAUCACCUACUUCUUUCCCGACUCAGAUUGCUUAGGCAAUCAUGAGCAUGCUCGUUGGGUUCAGAUGAUAGAGAAAGCCGCAUCUCAAGAUGCAUUCGUCUCUAUCCAGAUACAGGAGCCUACCUUGAUUGCCCUCGACUUCAAUCAAAACGUAAAUCCUCGAUGGACCGCCAUUUCGGCGUUCCUCUAUCUCGCAUACGCCGGCUUUUUCGUGUAUGUUGCCUGGGGUUUCAGCCAAAUGACCGCUGUCCAUUCAAGACUUGGAGUUGUCUUCACCGCCUUGGUUGAGAUCGCGGUCGAUGCUGUGGGGAAGACCUCUGUUACUCUGUCUGUGAAACAGCGCAUAGCGGAGGGGUUAAGCAAGGCAGGGACAUCGAAUACCCUCAAAGUCAUGUCUUACAACGCCAUCCUCGGCGUCAUUGCAGUCUUUGGCACGGGGGCGGUUCGGCAGUUUUGCGCCUUCGCUAUUGUGGUUCUUGUCGCCCACUGGUUCCUCGCCCACACGUUCUUCAUGGCUGUUCUCUCCAUCGACAUCGCAAGGUUGGAGCUUGAAGAACUGUUGCGACAUGAUAGCAGUCUUGCACCCUCCCUUGCGCAUUCCAAAGAUAUCAAGCACUCUGGGUCGGUAUCGGAUAAAUUCCAACGUUUCCUGAAGAGCCGGGCGGCUGCAAAUGGGAGUUUAGUCAUGGUGCACACUGCCUCUACCAUUUUGCCAUACGCUCGUCUGAUGUCCCCUUCCCAGCUUCUGGCCAUUACGGCAACACUUUACUACGCGACCUACACGAACACGGCCCUGCCUCAAGCCCAGAUCGCCCAACCUCUGGGCGCCGUCUCUCGAGCGAAGACUGCGCUUCCGAAUUUUCAGCCGAAACAGCGACCCAUGGCAGAACACAUCUGGCAGGUUUUGAAUCCAGACCAGCGGCCUCUGCUCCAUCUCAGAGUGGAAGCGCCAACCAUCUUGACAUUAAACCCGGUAAUCACAGAAAAUCCCAAGACGAAAGAAGCCAAGCCCUAUCGGACGCGCCGGACCAUCAACUCCGCGGUGUGGAUAAUGAAGAUUAUGCUACUCCCUAUCGGCAUCACCACCGCCUUGCUUUACGGUCUUCUGCUCUAUCUGCUCAAGGAUACAGAGUUACUGGAAACCCAACGACACGGCUCCGGAGAAGAGGUGGCGGAAGAAGAAAAGUCCCUGGAUUCACAAAUCUCCUUCUCCACUCUUCCGCGCGCAAUCGCCAGUGAUAUUGAGCUCAUCGCGUCAAGCAAAGACGGCAAUGUGGUCGUAUCUGUUGGACUUCACAACGAGAUUAUCAUCUGGAAAGCCGAAACGGGAACUUACCUGUCUAUUGAUGCAGGAGAUGUUCUUCUCAGCGAACCCAGCACCUCUGAUUCGACAGCUGCCGUGACUUCCUUGACAGUGGAUGAUACAGGCAACCUACUCGCAAUCGGCACCAGCACGGGUAUCAUCACUGUGUGGGUCGUUGUGGGCAAAAGUGUCACCGCUCUACCAGUGCUAGCGCUGGAUGACGGAUCCGCUGCAGUUACAGAGCUUCAUUUCGUAUCGACACAACCUACGCGAUCCGAUAGGAAACUCUCCAUCCCUCCUCCAACCUUCCCCGUCAUCCUCGCAACCUACGAAAAUGGCGCCGCCAUCCGGUGGUCUGUCGAACGCUCGCCAUCAGCUACUCGAUUCUUCCCCUCAAGGGAUGUAUCCGUCGUCAGAUCGUCGCUACUGCCUGUCGCGUCCGACAACAGCGUCUUGAUCGCGUUCUCUCUUGACGAUGGUACGAUAGAUCUUCAUGAGACAGGGGAUUACAGCCCGGUCUUUUUGAAUGACUAUUGUAUCCAACCUGGAUCGCCGCUGGACCCUGUAGCCAGGGUACAUGCCUGUCGGGCAGAGUUAAAUGGGGCAGUUCGACCCAUCAUUGCAGCUGCGACGGAGCGAGGUACGGUCUCCCUUUGGGAUGGCCUAACAGGGGAAUGCAUCUCCAUCCUUGAUGAACUCCAGGGCAGAGUAAACAUGCUCCGCACUGCGCCAAUUCCCAACAAUACCUGCCACUUCUGUGGUCACCCGCCUCCAGAAAGCAUCUCCGUUGCCUUUUCGGUGGACCAUGUCGUCCGAUUCUUCAACCUCUGUAUCAACGACCAAAUGCGCAGGUGUUCGUGUUCGCACAGCCAACUCCGCCACAUACCUACAAGAGACACCUCUGGUCGACGAUCGAGAAGCAGCAGUACUGCCUCUUCGAGGAUUGGAUCACCUUCCAUCCCGAGGGCGAGGCUUGCGACUGCGUUCGAGAUGGCCGAUUUCCCUGUUUCAGGGCAUGGGGUGCAUUCGAGGAGAGCGUCAGAGAAGGAGGGGCGACGGUCGCUUGAUCAGCUUACUGUUCCUUUCCCUAGUGAGGAGCAGGAUCCUCGACCGCCCCUCAAUGGGUCAGCCACGCCCAACCAGUCGCAGUUGUGGCAGAAUGUGGUGGUGAUCCAGGUGGGGGAUGUGACGUGCGAGCGGGGAGGGUGGGAUGUGUGUUUGUCCAAGUAUGUAGGGAUCCGACGGAAACCGCGGUCCCAAGGAAAGUCGAAAGGUGGGACGACGACGCCGUUGGUGAGUCUCACCCCUACACAAGGACUCACCAAGGCGACGCUGGAAAGGUGGGAGGUAUGGACGUUUGAUCCUGCCACUUCCCGGCUGCGCUUUUCGAGGCUCUCGGAUUUGUCGUUGAAGCCGAUUGAGAGGCGGAAGAGGUGUUCAUCUGCGGCUUCGACUCUGUCGAGCAGGAGCUCGCCGCCGCCUAGUCCGAGUGGGGAUGUGAUCGCGAGGUUGCCGUUUACGAGGGUCGCGCCACUUUUGAUUUCGACGUCUCAUGCCCUUGCUGGGUUUGGAAACACGAUUGGCGUGUUCAAUUUCUCAUCUUCAGAUAUUUGA